UCGCCGUGCUUGGUCGCUUUUCCGUGCUCCAACUUGCCCCCAAAACCGGUUUCGCCGUUUUCGGUUACUUUUAGUGAAAACUUAACCACCGUAUAUUCCCAAAGAUGAAAAUCGAUCUGAUCGUGGACCAGGGCCCGUGCCAAACGGAGCUCAGAAGCUGGUGCCUGGGCAUAGCCAUAUAUUCGCUGAUAUCCGUGACAUUCAGCGUGCUCUUCGCUCCAACGGUUGUAAACUUUGUUGGCUUUGCCAUUGCCGUGAUCGCCAAUGUGUUGCUGUUGAUCGGCACCCUCAAGGAAAAGCGUGUGCUGCUCCUGGGCUGGCUUAUCUUUGCCCUGAUUGAAGCCAUUGGCUUUCCCUUUGCCAUUUUCGGUGUGAUCUUCCACUAUGGAGGCUAUCGUGAGGCCACCGGUUUCAAUAAUAUUUUCGGGGCCCUAUUGGUGUACAUAAUAUCGAUUCUAAUUGUUGCAUUCUGCGCCCGCCUUAUAUACUCACACUACGUCCAGCUGAAGAACCGCGAGUCGAGCAGUCCCCGAACCACGAAUGUGGUUUAGACUCGUUAAAACUUAACUUAAGUUUGGCAAUAAAUAAUACGCUCUUGUAUUUUGAUUGCA